GGGGAAGAAGGAGGGGCUUCACUGAGCGGGAGGCUGGCCUCGCGGCGGGGGCGAAGGCCCGAAGACUUUGAGGGGCUCGGCGGCGCGGCUCGGGCGGGAGACUGACGGGCUGCGCCGCGUGCCUUGUCUCUUUGAGGCCUUGGCUUGGAGGCACUGUGGAUUCCCCGACCCGUGGUUGCUCCGGGCGGUGGGCGGGCGAGUGAGGGAAAGGAAGGGACUUCCGUUUCCUUCUAGGCUGGGGCCUGGCCUCCGAGAGGAGUUGGCACUUCCAGAUUGGGGCUUGGGCCGCCCCUCCUCCAGGACCCUCCCCUCAGCACCGCGCGGGGCGCCUCGGGCGAUCUAGGCCGGCUCUCCUGGCGCGGUGGGUACUGCCCGGACGGGCUUCCGCCUCCCUCCCCUUUCCUUCUCUCCCCUCCCCUCUCCUUCUCUCUUCCCUUCUCUUCUCCCCUCCUUCUCCUUGGGCCCCGCGCUGCGAGGGAGGGCAGGAGGGCAGCCCCUGCCUGGCGCUAGUGGCCCGCCCGGGGUUCGUGCCCAGGUUCCGGGACUGGCGAAGAAAGGCGUGGGUGGCUUCAGGCCGCCUGCGUGCCUCCUCAAACCCCGUGACCCCUAAGAAAAGGUGGACAAGUCCUAUUUUCAAGAGAAGAUGACUUUUAACAGUUUUGAAGGAUCUAAAACUUGUGUACCUGCAGACAUCGAUAAGGAUGAAGAAUUUGUAGAAGAGUUUAAUAGAUUAAAAACUUUUGCUAAUUUUCCAAGUAGUAGUCCUGUUUCAGCAUCAACGCUAGCACGAGCUGGGUUUCUGUAUACUGGGGAAGGAGACACCGUGCGGUGCUUUAGUUGUCAUGCAGCAGUAGAUAGAUGGCAAUAUGGAGACUCAGCAAUUGGAAGACACAGGAGAGUAUCCCCAAAUUGCAGAUUUAUCAAUGGCUUUUAUUUUGAAAACAAUGCUGCACAGCCUACAUAUUCUGGUGUCCAAAAUGGUCAGUACAAAGCUGAAAACUACCUGGGAAACAGAAAUCAUUUUGUUUUAGAAAGGCCAUCUGAGACUCAUGCACACUAUCUUUUGAGAACUGGACAGGUUGUAGAUUUAUCAGACACCGUAUACCCAAGGAACCCUGUCAUGUGUAGUGAAGAAGCUAGAUUAAAGUCAUUUCACAACUGGCCAGACUAUGCCCACUUAACCCCAAGAGAGUUAGCUCGUGCUGGACUCUACUACACAGGUAUUGAUGAUCAAGUACAGUGCUUUUGUUGUGGUGGGAAGUUGAAAAAUUGGGAACCUUGUGAUCGUGCAUGGUCAGAACACAGGCGACACUUUCCUAAUUGCUUCUUUGUUUUGGGCCGGAAUAUUAAUAUGCAAAGUGAAUCCGCUGUCGUGAGUUCUGAUAGGAAUUUCCCAAAUUCAACAAAUGCUCCAAUAAAUCCAGCCAUGGCAGAUUAUGAAGCACGGAUCAUUACAUUUGGGACGUGGAUGUACUCCGUUAACAAGGAGCAGCUUGCAAGAGCUGGAUUUUAUGCUUUAGGUGAAGGUGAUAAAGUACAGUGUUUUCACUGUGGAGGAGGGCUAAAUGAUUGGAAACCCAGUGAAGACCCUUGGGAACAACAUGCUAAGUGGUUUCCAGGCUGUAAAUAUCUGUUAGAAGAGAAGGGAGAAGAAUAUGUAAACAAUAUUCAUUUAACCCAUUCAAUUGAGGAGUCUCUGGGGAGAACUGUUGAAAGAGCACCAUUGUUAACUAAAAUAAUUGAUGAUACAAUAUUCCAAAAUCCUAUGGUACAAGAAGCUAUACGAAUGGGAUUCAGUUUCAAGGACAUUAAGAAAACAAUGGAGGGGAAAAUUCAGACAUCUGGGAGCAACUAUAAAUCACUUGAGGUUCUGGUUGCAGAUCUAGUGAAUGCUCAGAAAGAUAAUACACAAGAUGAAUCAAGUCAGACUUCAUUACAGAAAGACAUUAGUACUGAAGAGCAGCUAAGGCUCCUACAAGAGGAGAAGCUUUGCAAAAUCUGUAUGGAUAGAAAUAUUGCUGUCGUCUUUAUUCCUUGUGGACAUCUGGUCACUUGUAAACAGUGUGCUGAAGCAGUUGACAAGUGUCCCAUGUGCUACACAGCCAUUACUUUGAGGCAAAAAAUUUUCAUGUCGUAAUCUAACUACAGUAGGUGUCUUAUGUUCUUAUUACCCUGAUUGAAUGUGUGAUGUGAACCAACUUGAAGAAAUCAGCAUUGAAUUCCAUUAGCAUUUGCUGCCAAGUAGGAAGAAAGUGUAAACUGCAAUGUUAUAGUUGGCAGUCUAAAAUUUGAAUUUCUGGAUUUUUCAGGAUGUUAACUGUAUUAGCUGUUCUAUUUUUCUCCCACUGUUAUUUAAUUGAAACCCUAGACUAAGAAGCAUCAUAUUGUAACUGAUCACAAUGUGUGUUUUAUAGUACACUGACUUAGUUUUCUAAAUGUAAGUGAAUUAAUCAAUUGAAUUUUUCAUUCAUUUCGGAUAGGCUUAACAAAUAGAUCAUUCUGUAUGAAUGGAGAUUAGAGUUAAUCUCCCCAAUCACAUAAUUUGUUUUGUGUGAAAAAGGAAUGAACUGUUUCACACUGGUGGAAAGAUGGAAAUGAUUUUUAGAUGUUUGUGUUUUAGGAUUUUGUCCAUUUUCUUUUAAAUUAUACACAUGUACUUGGGUGGAUGAUUUUUUUUUAAUGAUUUUGCCAUUGUUAAAAGGGUAUUUAAUGAUUGACUACCAUUUAGCCUACAUGUACUGACAUAAAAAGACAUCAGAGGUAUAUUAAGUAUAAAAUUAAAUGGCAAAACACUAUGUGUAGAAUGAGCCAAGUGAAGGUGUGUGUAUUUUAUAUACAUAUAGAAUGGAAGAUUGGAAAGAUAGACACCAAACUGUUAAAUGUGGUUUCUCUUGAAAGGGGGUGGGGGGAUGGGUCCCAGAGGGGCUUUAUAAGGGCCUUUCACUUUCUACUUUUUUCAUUUUGUUCUGUUUGAAUUUUUUAUAAGUAUUAUUACUUUUGUAAUCAAAAUUUUUAGAAAGUAUUUUGCUGAUUUAAAGGCUUAGGCAUGUUCAAACACCUGCAAAACUACUUAUUGCUCAGCUUUAGUUUGCCUAAUCCAAGAAGGCAGGGCAGUUAACCUUUUGGUGCCAAUGUGAAAUUUAAAUGUUUAUAUGUUUUUCCUGCUUCGUGGAUGAAAAAUAUUUCUGAGUGGUAGUUUUCUGACAGGUAGACCAUGUCUUCUCUUGUUUAAAAAUAAAUAUUCCUGAUUUUGUAAAAUGAAAUAUAAAAUAUGUCUCAGAUCUUCCAAUUAAUUAGUAAGGAUUCAUCUUUAAUCCUUGCUAGUUUAAGCCUGCCUAAGUCACUUUACUAAAAGAUCUUUGUUAACCCAGUAUUUUAAACAUCUGUCAGCUUAUGUAGGUAAAAGUAGAAGCAUGUUUGUACACUGCUCGUAGUUAUAGUAACAGCUUUCCAUGUUGAGAUUCUCGUAUCUUGUAUCUUAAAGUUUCAUGUGAAUUUUUACCGUUAGGAUGCUUAAGAUGUAUAUAGGAUAAAAUGUCAAGUCUUCACCUAAGUUUUUUGUUUUCUUGUCUAGUAAUAGUAGCAGAUACUUCUGGAAUGUUCUCCCAAGAUCCUUAAAAACUUCUUGGAAAUUAUAAAAUACUGACAAGAAAAUAAGAAUAGUUUUUUUAAUAUUAAAGAGAAAAUAAAGCUUGAGUAAGAAUCAAUAUAGGUUAAAAAGAUAAAAGUCUAAAAAUGCUUCAUAGAACACCCAGGCAAAGAUCCUCACAACAACCUGUUGUAGAGUGAGGCAUUUUACUGUAGAGAAAAGGUUGAGAGUAAAACUGUCAGAAGUUAUAUUUUUGUUGUAUUUUCUAAGAGAAAGAGUAUUGUUAUGUUCUCUUAACCUGUUAAUUACUACUUUGAUAUUCAUUUAAAGCAUUGCAAAUUUAAAUGAGAAUCUUUAUUUUUUUUUUCCACUGAUGUCCUUCUACAAACCAUUCUUAGCGCCCACGGUUCUGAGCACUGAGCAUAGAAAUAGCCGCUUCCUCUCUGCCCCAACGGCACAGGCGCAGCAGGGCGGCCACACCCGUGGUGCCGGCAAGUCCGGCAUCUGCAGGGCAGUGAGAAUCUUUAAAGUCAAAUAAUGACCACCCUGUUUUUGUUGUACUAUGUAAAUCCUCAGUUCUUUACUUUUGCACUUUCUUCCAUUUAGAUUUAGUUAGAUAUUCAUUAAAAGUUAAAUUUUAUAUGUAUAAUCUAAGCUUUAAAUUUAAACUUAAAUUACAAGGGGAGAAAAGUGUUAAAGGUUUAAAAAUGUGUUUUCCAGGACACGUCAGCUCCAAGUCAGGUAGUUGGUUCAAUCUAGUUGUUGUCCAAGGACUGAAUUGUUUUAACAUAAGGUUUUCCAGUUCUGGGAGCCUCAGUUCUUUAAAACUCUUUUAAAACUUGUAUGUUUAGAUUUAAGCAAGACCUUUUUUCUCCCCAUCAGUUGUGAGAUUUAAUGCAUGAAGCUGAUGUGGCUAACAAGUUUAUUUUAAGAAUUGCUUAGAAAUGCUGUUGCUUCAGGUUCUUAAAUCACUCAGCGCUCCAACUUCUAAUCAAAUUUUUAAAGACUUACCAAUGUUUGCCUGUGUUUGCACUAUAAAAAGCACUGGAUCCUUCCCAUCUAUUUGUGCAAAGAAUGAUCACUUGCAAGGUCAAAAAUAUAGCCAGAUCCAAAUCUCUGCCUCCCCCUUCCCAAAAUAGUUCUCAGUAUCUCCACGUAGACUUCCUUUUCUGUAUAAAGCUCACUCUAAGGUUUCAAAGGCACCGCCUAUUUUACUACAUUUUAGUCAUGUGAAGAGUCAAGUUGUUUUGUAAUAAAUAAUUGUCUUUAUUCAUAAUAAUCUGGUGUGCUAAUCAAAAGCCUUGUCUUAAUUUUUGAGAAAUGAGUUUAGUGUUUAUAAAGUAAAUUCCAGUUUGUUAAGUAAUGGCUUUGUAUUACCUUUCCUGCUAGAUUUUUGUUUAUUUUCCCUUGGGUUAGGGGCUAAGAUGGAGUAGGAUGGGGGUAGUGAAUGUAUGUGAUGUGAUUUGGCCCUGUGUAUUACAAUCUUUUGUUGUUUUAUCACUUAAAUGUUGGUAGUUUUCUUCCUGGUUUUCAUUUUAGUGGAUAAAAUUGGUAUUUUGAACUCUGAAUGGAGACUACCACCACAGCAUUAGUUCCACGUAUUGUACCCUUUAGACUGAAAUCAUUGUUUUAUUUCCUGAUUACCCAGUUGGUUGAAUAUGGGGGAAAAGGGGUGGAGGGGUUGGAGAAAUAGGAUAGGUUGUAUAUCGUUUCUAUUAGAGAAAGAAGAAAAUGGGACUGAAUAUUUGACAGAUAUGGUUUUUAGCCACAUCUGGCUUAGAAAAGAAGAAAAGAGGUAACCAUUUCUUCAUCUGUGAAAUGCAAAUAGUACCUGUCUUAAAAAAUUAUAAGAGUUGAGGAGACCGUAUGUGUAAAAUACUUGUUAUAGAUGUUAAUUCCCUUCCUAACACUUUUUUACCUUCCAUGGAUUUGCCUUGACUCUGGAAAUUAGGGCUAAAACUUAGAUAAUAACUCUUUCACUGACUCUUAAUUCAUCUUUCUCGUUUGUCAUAGUUAAGAUGCAAAUUACAGUACACAAGUAGGUCAAAUCCUUAAAAAUAUUUAAAUUCCUUUUUUAAAAACUUGAAACAAUAGUCUUACCAAAGUUAGUUGAGUUUUUCUAAUAGAAACAAUUGGCUUAGUCCCACUUUUAUAGUCAGUUUCAGUUUGACUUAUAAACUUAGCACAAUGUGAAUUUCACUUGCAGCACAACAGAAUCAUAGGAUGUCAGAGCUAGAAGUGACCUUAGAGAGUAUCUAAUUCAUCCCCUUUGUUUUAAGAUGAACCAUCUGAGGCUCAAUGGUGAAAUGAUGUGUUCAAAGCUAUAUAACUAAUCAGUGAUAGCCCAGACUGGGACAUAGUUUGACGGUGAAAAACUUCAAGCUACCUCUCCAGGGAGGUCUCAAAUGUUUAUUUUUUCAACUAUUCUUUAUUCUAUACCAUAACAUUCACUACAUAUUAAAUGACACUUUAUAACUAAUACAGUAGGACAAUCUUAAAUACAUAUGGCUUCAAAUUGUACAAUAUUACAUUAAUGUUUCGGGGGUAAGAUUCUUAUUUGAAGUCUAAAGUUUGCAGAAAUGCGUAUAGAUUUUUUUGCAUUUACUACAUUCUUCUUGUGUAGCAUUAAUUGUGUAUCAUUUAAAAUUACUAUGUAAGUAUAUUUUGUCAUUCUGUCUAUACUUAGCAACAAAUUUGCAUUUUUAUUUGAUGUAACAAUUGCUUUAAUGUAAUUUUUGUUAGAAGAUUUUGCAUUACCUUUAUACUUUAUAUCUAACCUGACAGAAUGACUGAUUCUUAUGUCAUUGUAAUAGUGUUGUAAAUAAUCACGUGAAAUGUGUGAGAUAGAGUACUAUAUUUGUGAAUAUAAUUUUAUGGCUGUUUUCAUUUACUAGAAACCUUUCCAUCAGUAUGGAAAACUAAGAAAAUUGCUUUCUACUGUAUAAUCUGGCAGUCAUCAUAGAUUAAAGCUUAUUUUUCUGUGAAUAAAAACUUAUCCAAUAAAGCACUAUUCUUUAAAAUGA